GUGCCAACAAUCAUAAAUUGGUCUCAGGGAGGACAAAGUGUUUAUGUUACGGGCACAUUUAAUGGAUGGAAACACAAGAUCAAGCUUGUCAAGAGCACACAAGAUUUUGCAACCGUAUUAGAACUUCCUUCUGGAACCCACCGUCUGAAAUUCAUUGUUGAUGAUGAAUGGAAAUGCUCAAACGAAAUGGAAACCGCGACUGAUCCAGACGGCAACCUGGUCAACUAUCUGCAAGUGAUUGAUGAAAACGAAGAUUCGUUUGAUGAAUUAGGAGGCAGCAGUGCAAGCACAGCUCGAGAUAUCCAAUCACGAUCAUCUACACCUACGAGCGAAUACACGUCUGAAAUCCCUCCAGAUCUUUUGGCACUCGCUAAAUCCCUAUCCGCAGAAGAGAAUGAUAAUAGAUGCGAUCAAGGCAGCACUAGCAAUAGUAGUACCAUUGCCAUGGAAUGGGAUCAACAACAGCCGCCCUCUUUACCCCCACAUCUUGAGAAAGUAUUGUUGAACUCUCAAAACCUUAGCGACGAAGACAACUCGGUAUUACCAGAACCCAACCAUGUUACCCUGAACCACCUAUAUGCAAGUUCUAUCAAAGACAAUGUCAUGGCACUGUCAACCACCACACGUUAUCGUAAAAAGGUAGAAACAAACCAUACAUCUUUUUGUUUUUGAGAAAUGGAGAUACAAAGCGUGGUUUAUUGUACAAGGAUCUGUGUAUACUCAUUUUUUUUCUUCAUAUGUAUAUGUGUAGUAUGUUACAACGAUGUAUUAUCGACCGGUAGUCCCGAAGCAAUAAAAAAAAUGAGAAAAAUACAAUUUAAACAUAAUAAACGAUUCGAGAAGAAGAGAACGGCAAUUGGUGGUGGAGAUGGCGAUAUUAUACGAUGUGAGAUGAAGAGGACAUGACAUAAUGGCGGCUA